AGUUGUUUGUUUCCGACUUUAUAAUUAUAAAAAUUUAGCGCAUGUGCGGAAAAGAAAGCCACAGCCGUUAGGGGGAUAGGGGUUCUGUCUGCCACAAAGAAUCAUGAGCAGCUCAGAAGAAGUGUCGUGGAUUUCAUGGUUUUGUGGACUGAGAGGAAAUGAAUUCUUUUGUGAGGUCGAUGAGGAUUAUAUCCAGGAUAAGUUCAAUUUAACUGGCCUCAAUGAGCAAGUGCCACACUACAGACAGGCCUUGGACAUGAUUCUGGACCUAGAACCAGAUGAUGAGCUGGAAGAUAACCCCAAUCAAAGUGAUCUGAUUGAACAAGCAGCUGAGAUGUUGUAUGGCUUGAUCCAUGCUCGGUACAUCAUGACAAACAGAGGAAUAGCCCAAAUGAUUGAGAAAUGGCAACAGGGAGAUUUUGGAGCUUGUCCAAGAGUGUACUGUGAAAAUCAAUGCAUGCUUCCAAUAGGUUUGUCUGAUGUCCCAGGAGAAGCUAUGGUGAAGCUAUAUUGUCCUAAAUGUCAGGAUGUGUACACCCCUAAAUCCUCCCGCCAUCACCACACUGACGGGGCUUACUUUGGGACGGGUUUCCCUCACAUGUUGUUUAUGGUUCAUCCCGAGUAUAGACCGAAACGCCCAGCCAAUCAAUUUGUAGCCAGGUUGUAUGGUUUUAAGAUUCAUCCUUUGGCUUACAAUCUUCAAUAUCAGGCGGCAUCUAACUUCAAAAUGCCAAUGAGAAUGUCUCACAGUAGUGGAAAACGAUGAAGCAGAGAUCCCAUUAGGAGCAAAGACAUUGUAUUAAUCACUCUCACUAAAUAUCCAGGGCUGUCCUUUCAGCCGAGAUUAAAUGUCCUAUAUUCUGUAGUUGGUCAUGUGCUGUUUGUUUGUUUACAAAAUUCAGGGUUAAAUAACAUUUUAAGAUAAUUUUGAAUACUUAAGUUAACAAAAUCAUAACUAAUUUCAUGCAUCGUUAAGUUGUACUGUUUUACUUUAAGUGUAAAACAGUCAGACAUAUACUACAGUUUUUAUGUUGCAUCUCACGCUGUCUUAUCAGCACAAACAGGAAAAGACAACCCCACUCAGACCUGCAAGAUUUUUGUGCUUAAAAAAUUGUUUUUGAUAGUUUUGCCCAUUAUUACUCUUAUUUUAAUACAUGUAUUUUUUAUGUUGAAAUAAAAGUGCUAUAAUUAA